GCCCCGUAUUGUUUAAUUUAAGCUGCGGCUUUAUAUUUAUAUUUCUUGGGGAAUGUUCACAGAGAAGUUCACUUUAAUGUUUAACUGGAAAUGUACUAAAAAAACUCUAGGAGAAACACUAGUAAUUAGUAACACAUUAGUAACUUUAAGGCAGGUGGCUGUAGUUCACCCAUUUUGACGCACAUAAUGAAGAGUACGUUUCUGUUGUCCUUGACACGUCAAAAUGAAUAACGAAUAUGAAUGCGCUUUCUGAAAAGUUUGUUCAGUGUAAACCAAUUAUAUUUUUUCUUUCUCUUUUUUUCCUUUUUCUUUUCUUUUUUUAAUCUAGACACUCUCAUAUACAGUUUCUGAACAUACAUCAUGCACACCUGGCUUUGACUCAGAGCUCUAUGUAUUCAAAGUCGACAGAGUUAAUCUUCACAUUGGCAGGAGGCUUGGUAAAGUGGUUUUCAAUGACUGCACAGGCCGCACACAAACUCUCUUCAACUCGGUGGAUAAGCGAUUUAAAGUGGACAUGGAUGGAACCUUGACGCUGAAGAGACAAGUGACUCUGCAUGAUGGACACAAGAGGUUUUCUGUUCACGCCUGGGACUCCCAAGGCAGGAAGCACACAGUGGCUCUGCGUGUGGAGCUUGACCAGCCUCGCCACAACCAGCACCAACACCUGCACCACCCCCACCAGGUGGACUUGCUCCAGCCCACACAGCCCAAUGUGACUGAGGCAGUCCCAACUGUGCCAGUCCUGCUGUUUCCAAAGUCAUUUGGUGGUCUAAGAAGGAGGAAGAGGGAUUGGAUCAUCCCUGUCAUCAAAAUUGCUGAGAACACUAGAGGCCCUUUUCCAGAACUAUUGGUGCAGAUUAAAACCAGCCAUUCAAAGGAGCUGAAGAUCGUCUACAGCAUUACUGGUGCAGGGGCAGACCAACCCCCUCUGAACCUUUUUACAAUUGAUGCAGAAACUGGAACGCUUUACAUCACUCAGCCUUUGGACAGAGAAAAACACGCUCACUAUUUGCUCUUUGCCCAUGCGGUGUCAGUUGGUGGUAGUAAAGUAGAAGACCCCAUGGAACUCAAAGUCAUUGUAAUAGACCAAAAUGAUAACAAGCCUGUCUUUGCACAAAAUCACUUCCUGGGAAGUGUUGCAGAAGCAUCAAAAAUAGGCACUGAGUUUAUGGAAGUUGUUGCCACUGAUGCUGAUGAGCCCAAAAAUUGUAACUCUAAUGUUAGAUAUACAAUUCUGAGUCAAGAUCCACUUGUGCCAAACAACGCCUUCUCCAUCAAUCCUGUCACAGGAAAAAUCAUGUUGAACUCUGCAGGGCUGGAUAAAGAGAAAAACUCAGUGUACAUUUUGGAAAUCCAAGCAGCUGAUAUGGAAGGAUGGGGUCUAACAGCCUUCUGCAAAGCAAUAAUCACUGUAACCGACAGCAAUGACCAGGCUCCGCAGUUUGAGCAGACUCUGCCCCCACAGCCCUAUGUGACUGAGGCAGUCCCAACUGUGCCAGUCCUGCUGUUUCCAAAGUCAUCUGGUGGUCUAUGAAGGCCUCCUGACACGGCCAAGAAUCAGAAGUUGAUAAUCUGAAGGCGGCUCCCAACGCCCCCACCGUACGACUCGCUGCUAGUGUUUGACUACGAGGGUACGGGCUCCGAGGCUGACUCCCUCAGCUCCCUCAACUCCUCCAGCUCCAGCGACGACUCCACUCUUGCACACUGGUGUUCUUUUUCAACUACAAGGACGCUUGCUUUUUUUGUGUGUUUUUUUUACUCCGAUGGUGAGCUUGUUCUUGACCUUUGAUUCAUUUUGAAUGAUGACAAGGGCAAGCUCGCUUCUCUAGCACUGAUAGGCAUUUUAAUUGAAAAGCGUCUUGGCUUCUUGGAAUGUGCCUUUUUCAUUCAGAUUUAGGGUGACACUGUAAAUAUUUUAUUAAACAAAAAUGCCAAAUCUUAG